GAGCUGGUGUUUGUUCUCCUGUCCCUAUCAGUUGAUGGGUUAUGGACCUUGUUGUAGGGAUUCAAGAGCUGCAUGAUUCUUCUUCACCUCCAAAAUCUGAAAUUCAGAAGCUUAAAGAAGGAACAGAGCAGAUGAUGACUUCAAAAGGUCAAAUAUGCUCUCAGAUAUUGGACAAACAGAGAAAGGUCGCUUCUUUGGAAGCUGAUUGUCGCACACUGAUGCAGACUUUGGAGCUAGUCCACCAAGGAGUAAGCUUAUUGGCCAAACUUGUUGAGAAAAGCACUUACUAUGCCAAGGUUGCUGAGGAUAUAGAUGUCAAAUUCCAGAAGCUACAAGGAUGGCUUAACUGUCGCAUGCCAAGCCCAGACACAGGAGUGCAUGACUUGGUCGAGGAAACAUUGGAUGAAGAAAAGGUUACAGCUGGAGGUAUGGGUAUUUAGCCUUUUCAAGUUUGACCUAUUAGACCAUACAUGUGAUCUUCUUUGGAGUUUUUAUUUUCAUGUCGUCAUGAUCUAUUGUGCUUUUUAACAGCUUGACACCUGUUUCUUCAGCAUAGAUCAUCAUUUUGCCAUACACUUAAAACAAGAAUGGUUUCAUUUUUCUUUGCUUUGGUAUGAGUUUAGUUUGACAAAUAUAUUAUUGAGAUAUGUUAGCCAGUUCCCUUUAAUAACUGCUGAGUCUCUGUCAACCUUUCCUUAAUUUAUGCUGGAGCACUGCCAAUUGUUGUCAGGCUGUUUGUUGCUUCAUCUGGUCAUCGCAAUCUGAUGUUUCAACUUAAGGCAGGAUCUACACCAGGAAAACUUAUCACUUGCAUGUAAGUGUCAGUAAGCAGAUACAAUUGGAAGCCAUGCUCCCUGUACUGUACACCGUGAGGUUUUGUGUUACAAAAACUUCCAUUGCGGUUUACUUUUGAUAUCUAAUGCUGAUACCUUUGCAGCAGGAGGCAAACUUUCCAAUCACCUCCUUUUUGAUAACAUGGUACUUACAUACAAAACUAAAAACAAAAGAAUUAUGUUCAUUGAACAGCGUAGUUACUUAAAUUUAAUGCUUGAACUGACAGAACAAGGGUGGAUUCUGUUACAGCAAAACUUGACGAGAUCAAAAGAGCAAAAGCUAAGCUAGCUGUAGAAAAUUCUGCAGUUAAGUUCAUAUCUAAAUUUCACAAUGUAUUGAUUUCACUUCUCUGAUUAAAAUGAUUUUCACUAAUUGUCAAAGCUUAGAGCGGACAUGUGAUA